AUGGCAAACGAAGCGGAAGAAACCAUCCGAAAACUUUCGCAGCAUAAGGGCGUUGUGGGUGUAGUUGUGGUAAACGGUGAAGGAAUACCAAUAAAAACUACUUUGGACAACCACGUCUCAGUGCAAUACGCUGGACUUCUCAGCGCGUUGGUUGACAAGGCCAAAUCGGUAGUGCGCGAUCUCGAUCCGACAAACGAUCUCACUUUCCUCAGAAUUAGAAGCAAGAAGAGCGAAGUUAUGGUCGCUCCAGAUAAAGAUUUCAUUUUGAUAGUAGUCCAAAACCCGGUUGAAUGA